GUUAAUAGUCCAGCUGGAGGAAACAGACAAGGCGUUUGAUGAGUUCUGGUUAAUACUGCAGCUGGAGGAAACAGACAAGGCGUUUGAUGAGUUCUGGUCCAGCCACGAGCUGAAGCUGAGCCAGUGUCUGCAGCUCAGGCACUUCGAGACGGAGUUUAGGGAGUUGAAGGGCACGAUGGACGGUCUGCAGGAACAGCUGUGUGAGACCCGGGAGACGGGCGACAGCGUUGCCAGGGUCGACGCCCUGCUGAAGGACGCCAGACAGCUGGAGAACAAGGCCAAG